AUGUCUGCAGGAAUAUUUAAUGCAUCCGUCAAAUAUUACUGGUAUGUUAUAAUAAAUGAACAUGUUGUUCAAAAUUGAAAUUUUCUGUAUUUUGAACCAGUGGCUUAGAAGGGGCUUUAGAAGGACCCUUGUGAAAAGCCGAAAUCCGGGCAGGAUUGGGGAGGGGGGGAGGUGUACGAUGUGUGAAUAAUCAUACCCAUCUCUUCUGUUUACCAAUAAAAGUUGUAGUCUUCCCUAACUAGAAUCUAGAAUCCUAACUCCAGUAAAAAUGCCUAUGGUUGUUGAAAGCACAUUUGAACUUGAAUUUUCGCGUAUAGCAGCAGUCAUGACCGACUUCGAUGUUCAAAUAUGGCGGCCAAGUGAGCGUCAUUCUUUUUAUUACAAAAACGAAGACAUCGUACUAUUUACUGUUUAUUUACUGUUGUAUUUGUGUGUACAGUACAACGUGAAAUAUUUUUUCCAUCUAACAACAUUAGGCGACCGUUAAAAAUCACUAGAACGCUAUUUCACGUAUUUUAGGGCAAGCUUUGAAGAAAAGCUACAACCACAAAAAGCCAUUUUUAAAAAAUGGCUUUUUGUAAAGCUACAACCAGAAAAAGCCAUUUUUAAAAAAUGGCUUUUUGUGGUUGUAGCUUUUCUUCAAAGCUUGCCCUAAAAUACGUGAAAUAGCGUUCUAAUGAAUCUAGAAAUUCAAAAUUUCGCCCCCAAAGUUUAGACCCUACCUGCGCGACUGUUUUGAACAGAAUUUUAUAUACCAACUUUAACAUUAAAGUGGACAUGACACGAAAUUUUCUCCCCGAUUGUUAUAUAUCACUUGAAAGUAUUAUGACAAUUAUGAAGAAUGGCCUUACCAAUUUAUUCACAGCUCUUCACGUUCGGCCUGAUCGGGAAUUUUGUAUUUUUGUUUUAUGACGUCACUGGUUCUGCUUGGUUGUGCUUAAGGGAAGGAUGGUAGCAAAAAGAAGAAAACCUAAUAUCUCAGAAGUGAUUCAACGAAAUUAACCCAUUGGGUUGCAUUGCCCCAAUGCGCCCUACUUAUUGUUUUACUUUGUCUAACGUCAGAAGAUUUUACCCGUCAAGGGGAGAAUGCUGGUGCUCAAUGGGUUAAAUGUAAUUUGUAAAUGGCAUUUAGUAUAAAGAGGGUGGGAAAGGGGGGUAUGGAUCACGUUUCACAACGAAAAAAAGAGCCGUUUCACGAUUCACGUGUCUUAAGAAAACAAUUUCACGGAAAACUAGAUUCUAAUAAAAUAAUAUAAUAAUAAUAAUAGGUCGAGUGAGAUCGAUCAUAUAAAUUGAUUAUCGCGUAUCAUGUCUAUUAUGACUAUUAUGAAAUAGAUCGAAAGAAACAUAGCAAAAUCUCAGUUCACGAAACAGACAUCCUUAAUUCUCAUUUCACGGAGCAUUUUUAUCGACAAUCACACCUCACGGCUGUAGAACAAAUCACAUUUCACGACACUAAAAUCAAGCAUUUCACGCGAACAAAUAUUGACCAUUCACGGCUCACGAAAAUACCCUUUCCCACCCUAUUUGAGGAAGCGAAAGUUUGAUGAAGAGGGAGACCAGGUGACUACUAUGUUGCUAUGACAACCACAUAAACGUUCCAAAAUGUUUGCUUUAGUUGCACUUGUUAACUGUACUAAAUGUAAUUAAAUUUCGUUGAAUCACUUCUGAGAUAUUAGUAUACAAAUAAUGAAUGUUUAUGAGUGCAAUGGUAAGAAUAUUUUCAUGAGGUGAAAGAUGGAAUGUUUCAUUCAACGAGGCGACAGCCGAGUUGAAUGGAACAUUCCAUCUUUCACCGAAUGAAAAUAUUCUUACCAUUGCACGAAUAAUAACAUUCAUUAUUUGUUUUAUAUAAUACCAAAAUAGACUAAUAUUAAAAGGCUUACUGUAAGCUUUCGCCAUUUUGACGAGUCGUAUUUGCAUUAAAUCCCAUUUAAGUACUGAAUUUCGAAUAUCGGGUUAAAAUAAACUGCGAUCACCGUACGAGAAGCAUUUUGACGGAUGCGAUUUAUCGAAAACACAAAGAGUGCAAUGGAACAAAACGUAUAGUACAAUUGCACUCGCAAGAGUGCAAUGGAACGCAUUCCAUUGCGCUCUUGGGAAAUGGAAUUUUCUAUUCAAUAUCACGUGACCAUAAACAGCCAAUUAAACGAUCAGAAUUCAAUAAGGUAUUAUAUAAUAUUUCUUAUUUACUACCAAUUGUAAGCAUAACCUGCAGUGACAUCAUGACACUAUAAUACAAAAUGCCGAGAUGAGCUGUGAUUGUUAUUCGUAAUUGUUAAGGAACUUUGUAGUAAUGUGAUAUAAAAUAUGGUAGGAAAAUUUCGUGUCAUGUGCACUUUAUUAGAGAAUUUACGGUCUACGACGCGGCCGCUUCAACGACGAGCUUCGAAACAAAGAAAUAUGUCAUGCAAGACAAAAACUGUGAAUAAUUUGUGGUUCAGGGGUAUUCUCAACGGCUUUGUCACUCUCAACACAACGUUAAACUAAGCAUUAUUACGUCUUUCAGGCAACGCGAAAGCUUAUAUAUUUUGCGAUCCAAGAGGUGUUACUUAAAGUCGAAAUUACAGCAAACAUUGCAUCGCUUUAGCCGAAUUGGAACGUAGCAGUUUGUAAGGUUAUUUGAAAAAGCUUCAAAUAUUUAUUACAGUAACCAAAUUGCUUAGCGCUCAUUCUUGAGCUGAAAUUCAGACCGCGUCGUAGAUCGUAAACUCUCUAAUACUCUGUCGACGAACUUCGAUCUUGCAAGCCAUACAAAUAUGCAUGGAAGGUGGCAGAAAAUUAAGUAAAGAACCUGAUUUGUGGGUAUGAAUAGCAUUGAAGAGCAAAAAGUGGUCAAUGUGCACUGAGUUAAAUAGAUCCAGGAAGGGCUAGUACACAGCACCAGAACGCAAAUAGACCAAGAGUUAAAGUCCAUUGGUGCUUGCCACAUUAUAAUGUUAUGCCAACCAUAUUAUCUGAGACACUGCCCCACGUCCUUCCUAUAGUGAUUGUAAUAUUAAAAUAAUAUUCAUAAUAACCAUUGUUAUCUUCAAUACACAAGGGAAAAUAAAAAGUAUAUCUUUUAGGGUUGCGAUCUGUAUAUUGGUUUUGAUUGUUCUAACAAUAUGGUACUGCACGUGUCGUGCUCGAAGUCGACGGAGGCGAGAGGAAUUGUUAGUCAGACAACGUAUGUCAAUUCAACAGUUACGAGAAGAAGCUGCAGUACCACCUUCAAGAUAUGGUUCAGAUGCACCUCCCGCCUAUGAUGACGUCAUUAAUAAACCAGAGGAUUAUCCCAUUUAUCAUGCUCAAGGUGAGAGACAGUUCUUUGUUUUGCAUCUCAUUUUUUCCAGUGUGUUUUCAAUUAAUUUAUUUCAUGUAUUCAGUGAGGGUAAUGUCUAAAAGGGAUGGACGAGAGGUAGUUUACGAGAUGGUUCCAAAGGGUCAGGGUAUAAGGUUUAGUAUUAGAGAGUUUGGCAAAUACAAGGGCAACGGCAACAGCAAUAUGGUCAUCAACAAUAGCAUUAAUCCUCAAAGACAAAGGCGAAUGUAAAUCACAUGGUACUCAUGGUCUUAAGCGUUGUGCAAUGCCGUAGUUGUUGAAACAAGUAUGUGAUUUGCACAUUUUCACGGUGCAUGAAUACGGCAACAAUUAAUUCGUUCGAUGUUAUUUGAGGUGUUUUAUUUGAAUUCGCGGACUAUUUUUACUUAAACGUACGUUUGAAAGAAACAGGAAUACUUAAAGAGGCAAAUUAAGUGUAGUAACGUAUACUUUGGCUCAAAUACAACAAUAUAAGGAAUUAUAUUUUCCCCGUUGCCGUUGUCGUUGCCGUUCUAGGUUGCCAAACUCUCUAUUGUUGCAAGUGGCUGGUUGUUGAUUCUUUUACGUUUUAAUGAUCUUAAAAACUGGCGGCCAUCUUGAAAACCUGCCUAUAUAGAGGCCAUCCCCUUUAGCCACGUACAAUUCAGUGAGCGUUACUCAAACACACAACUACUAUUAUAAAGUAUUAUGAUCAUGAAAAGAUUCUGAGUUGGGAUGGAGUGUUUUGGCAAAAAAUCGCAUGAAGCAAAAAGCUAUCCUAAUGUACAAAGUUAAUAAUAAUUGUGCUCCUCAAUAUACUUGCAGCAGUUAUUUACACCCAAAGUGAGCAAUCAUGAUCUGAGAAAUUCUCUAAAUAAAUUGUCUGUUCCAAAACCUCGAACAGACUAUUUAAAACGUUCUUUCAGCUAACAGUGGUGCUUCCCUGUGGAACAGCUUGUCAGAACAGCUCAGAUCAGCCCCUUCUCUCAAUUCAUUCAAAGUCGAAUUGACUAAUUUCCUAUAGUAUACUGAGUAUAUGGACUCUUGCACGGCAAUCAUGUAAAACAGUAAUUAUUAUUUUUAUCUUUUGACUAACAUUGUAUAUAUUUAAAUUUGUGUAUUUUAUUCUUGUACUGAUGAUUCUUCCGUGUUGAAAUAAAGUGUAUGUAUGUAUGUAUGUAUGUACCAGGUGAUCUCGUGUUCGUAUUUUAGCCAAUCAGCGCUCAGAAAGGGUUGUCCGAAUAGAAAUCCAUUUUGAUGUAUUCAGUCAAUUAUAUCUUUCGUUAUUCUUUAUGAAACUAGUUGAAAUUUUGUAAUUAUGUUUGGUUAUGAGAACUAUAGCUCUGACAAAAAUAUGGAAUCGAAAUAAAGUAUAUUACAGGAGAUAUUCAGUUGUUUUAAUCAUCAAAUGGAUUUCUAUUUGACAACUAGUGCCAGUACUUUUCCGCGUAUCAAGAUCACCUGGCCUAUGUAUGAUUAUGGCGUAGUCGUCAGAGCAAGCGCUUUUCAUCCCUGAGUACGUGGGUUCGAUUCUCGAACGCAGUGAGUAUCCAGAAUUAAUAUUUUCAACUAUAAAAAGAACAGUACAUGUGGGCGUUUUGAAAGGUAUGGAUGGGUAAAAUUCGUAAUUUGUCAUAUAAAUAAUAAACAAGUACUGUAAUCAUGUGAUAUUGCUACUGCCACAUAAGCAAAUUUGCAUAUUUUCAGACAACUUUUGUGGAAUACUUCGUAAAAAUAUAUACAUAUGCGAGAACUGAAAAGGCAAUUAAACGUAAAGGAAAGGACGAAUCUAAUUUAUAGCAUGGGAAGUAAUUUUAGAUGUUGUCAGUAUCACGUGAAUGAAAAUAAUGCCUGGUCGUACUGUAUAUAAGCAUGUUUAGCAUGUACUCGGGAGCUGGAUAGUGCUUUUCACUCAGUUUGAUUGGUUGCUCAACUCCGCCCCGGCUUCGGAUAUAUCGUUGCACUAUUCACCUCCGGACAAAAACAAAAUGACUUCCCGUUUCGUUCCGGUAAUAGACCAGUAAAUUUUUGUGCUAUAUAAAGGUUUCUCCAAACACGACGAAAACCACAAAGUUUUGUUUAACCGUGUGUAGAGGUAUUCUUUAAAGCUAUUUCUAAUUAAUAAAAUUACUAAAUGCGUGUAAAUACUGUUUUGUUGGCAACUAUUACCAGUAAACACGAAGCUUUAGGAAGAUGUUCUGUGACUGGUUGACUAUGACAAUGACAAAAGACGUAAUUGGCUUACAUAAACAAAAGGAAUAUUGUUCUUGCUUCGUUCUUUAGAAAAUCCAUUCUAUAGCUUAUUCUUUUGUCAUUGUAACAAUCAACCAAUCACAGAACAUCUUCCUAGAGCUUCGUGCCGGCCCACUAUUACGGGAGCUGAAAUACAAGUUGUUCUAAAAAUAUUUUCGUUAUUUUUUGCUCAUUUUUGUUUUGUUGUGGUAUAAGAUUGCACUGUUCUAAUUCACCUCCACUUUGGCGAAUAAUUGUAAAAUAUUUUUGUCAAUGCUCAUAUAGAGUGUUUUGCGCGUGCGAAAUCGACAAAUAUUCAAAUGUAUAAAUAGAUAUCAGUUCAGCACAUCAAAUGCAAUAUCAAACGAGGUUGAAGGAGGAUAACGGAACAUCAGUUUCGAUUUUAGCUUUGUAAAUGAAAACCGUUCAAGGAAAGGAUAAACAUUUCUUAGACUUGGUAAAAAUAUUCCUGUAUAUUGAGGGCAGCCACCUACAUUCUCACUACCGCCGCUUACUGUUAUGACAGCCCUGUAAAUAUGCUCAUAAAUUUGAAUUGUCUGUAAUUUUUUCUAGCAACCAGCACAUCUCAACAACAUUUACCUUCGUAUGAAGAAGUUAUUCGAAUGUCUGGUAAUUUCACAGAGGCUCCCCUCAACGUACCAGAAGAAAGGGAACCGAUUAUUAUUAAUAUGCAACAACUAGAACAAAGCAGAACCACUGAUCUUUAA